AUGGGCUCAGCCGCCCCAUCCAAUGCACUACUCGACAGCUACCGGGCCUCCGGCUUCGCCAACACCAUGGGCUGGGGUUCCCACCCAGCCCUGAUCCUCGUCGACGUGUGCAAAGCAUACUGGACCGCCGGAUCUCCACUCGACCUCAGUGCCAACCCGCCCGCCGUAUCUGCCAUUGCAUCAAUGAAACGACUCGUCAGUGCCGCGCGGAAGGGAAACGUCCCCAUAAUCUGGACGCAAAUCAGAUACACAUCACCGGAUCUCGCGGACGGGGGGCUUUUCGCGCUCAAAGCGAAACAGCUGUGGAUAUGGCAGGACGGCAAUGGGCGCGGAUUGGAUGCUCCGCUUACAGGCCUGGAGCCUGCACCGGAAGAUAUUGUGAUCGUGAAGAAAAUGCCCAGUGCGUUUUUCGGGACCACGCUCACGGACCAGUUGCUGCGCUUGCGUGUCGAUACGCUGGUCAUAUGUGGCGUUAGUACGAGUGGAUGUGUCAGGGCGACGACGCUGGAUGCUAUGCAGAAUGGAUUUCGACCCAUGGUCGUGGGAAAUGCUUGUGGAGAUAGGGCUCCAGAAAUUCAAGAAGCGAAUCUGUUUGAUUUGAAUGCGAAAUAUGCGGAUGUGGUGUCUGAGGAAGAGGCCAUUGGACACCUUGAAGCUGGGUGGAAGGCGAAAUGGUGA